ACGGAGUACAAUUUUAUCUUCUUCACUAUAAAUAAAUUCCUUCACUGCUUCGCUGCUCUCAUCCAAACUCUUUUUCAACGCUCUCACUUCAUUUAAAGUCGAACGCGUCAGCUGUACAGAUCUAUAUGGUUUACCUGCUAGAUUUAUUCCUGUAAUUUGCUUGGCCAAUUGUGGUGCUCUGCUCUUGUUGAAGUUCUGCAGCUGUGGAAAUGGCUCAGUUUUUGCUUCACGGGACCCUCCAUGUGACGAUCUUCGAGAUCGACCAGCUUCAAGGUGAGGGCGGUGGCGGACGGAACUUCUUCAGCAAGAUUGUGGAACAUGUUCAGGAGGCUGUUCAUAUUGGAAAAGGAACUCCUAAAAUCUAUGCUACUAUAGAUCUAGAGAAGGCAAGGGUUGGAAAAACUAGAAUGCUUGAAGAACCCAACAACCCUCAAUGGAACGAGUCUUUUCAUAUUUACAGUGCUCACAUGGCUUCAAAUGUUAUAUUCACAGUCAAAGAUGACAAUCCAGUCGGUGCAACCUUGAUUGGGAGAGCUUAUGUGCCAGUCGAAGAGCUCUUGGAGGGGGAUGAAGUUGAUAAAUGGGUUGAGAUUCUAGAUAAAGAAAAGAAUCCUAUCAGUCAAGGUUCCAAGAUCCAUGUAAAGCUGCAGUAUUUUGAUAUCAUUAGGGAUCGUAAUUGGGGACGGGGAAUUAGAAGUGCUAAACAUCCUGGUGUUCCUUACACCUUUUUCUCACAGAGAAAAGGAUGUCGGGUGUCUUUGUAUCAAGAUGCACAUAUCCCGGACGGUUUUAUACCCAAAAUCCCUCUCUCAGGAGGUAAGUAUUAUGAGCCACAUAGAUGUUGGGAGGAUAUCUUCGAUGCUAUCAGUAAUGCAAAGCACCUGAUAUACAUCACCGGUUGGUCAGUGUAUACUGAAAUUUCUCUAGUGAGAGACUCAAGGAGGCCGAGACCAGGUGGUGACAUUAUGCUUGGAGAGUUGCUUAAGAAGAAGGCAAGUGAGGGUGUCAAAGUUUGUAUGCUUGUUUGGGAUGACAGGACCUCUGUAGGCCUUCUGAAGAAAGAUGGGUUGAUGGCCACUCAUGAUGAAGAGACUGAACAGUUCUUUAAAGAUACUGAUGUUCAUUGUGUCCUAUGCCCUCGUAAUCCUGAUGAUGGGGGGAGCUUUGUGCAGGAUUUACAAAUAUCUACAAUGUUCACUCAUCACCAAAAAAUUGUAGCGGUGGACCAUGAACUGCCCAGCAGCGGAGGAUCACAACAGAGAAGGAUUGUUAGCUUCGUGGGUGGUAUUGAUCUCUGCGAUGGUCGCUAUGAUACCCCAUUUCAUUCUCUAUUUAGAACAUUAGAUUCUGCACACCAUGAUGAUUUCCAUCAGCCCAAUUUUACUGGUGCUUCAAUCACAAAAGGCGGUCCACGGGAACCAUGGCAUGACAUUCACUCCCGGCUUGAGGGACCUAUUGCUUGGGAUGUUCUAUAUAAUUUUGAGCAGAGAUGGAGGAAGCAAGGUGGGAAGGACGUUCUAGUAAACCUUAGAGAGCUUGACGAAAUCAUAAUCCCCCCAUCACCAGUGACCUUCCCGGAUGAUGAGGAGACAUGGAAUGUUCAACUCUUCAGGUCGAUUGAUGGUGGUGCUGCUUUUGGAUUCCCCGAGACCCCUGAAGAAGCUGCAAAGGCUGGUCUUGUCAGUGGCAAGGAUAAUAUUAUCGAUAGGAGCAUCCAAGAUGCAUAUAUUAAUGCUAUUCGUCGAGCAAAGAAUUUUAUUUAUAUUGAAAACCAGUAUUUUCUAGGGAGCUGCUUUGGUUGGGACGCUGAUGAUAUCAAGGUUGAGGACAUUGGUGCUACUCAUCUUGUUGCUAAAGAGCUUUCUUUGAAAAUUGCUAGUAAGAUUGAAGCAGGUGAAAGGUUUACGGUGUAUGUAGUUGUCCCAAUGUGGCCUGAAGGGAUCCCAGAGAGUGCAUCUGUUCAAGCCAUAUUGGACUGGCAGAGGAGGACGAUGAGUAUGAUGUAUAAAGAUGUUAUUCAAGCUAUGAGAGCCAAGGGCAUUGAGGAGGAUCCCAGGACAUACUUGACAUUCUUCUGUAUUGGUAAUCGGGAGGUGAAGAGGAGUGGAGAAUAUGAACCUUCAGAAACCCCAGACCCUGAUACUGACUAUAUAAGAGCUCAGGAGGCUCGGCGAUUUAUGAUCUAUGUGCAUUCCAAAAUGAUGAUAGUUGAUGAUGAGUACAUAAUUGUUGGAUCUGCCAACAUCAACCAGAGGUCAAUGGAUGGAGCAAGAGAUUCUGAGAUAGCCAUGGGUGCGUACCAACCUAAUCAUUUGGCAGCAAGGCAGCCAGCAAGGGGUCAGGUUCAUGGUUUCAGAAUGGCAUUGUGGUACGAGCACCUUGGGAUGCUCGACGAAGCUUUCCUCCAUCCUGAAAGCGAAGAAUGUGCCAGGAAGGUGAAUGACAUAGCCGAGAAGUACUGGGACCUCUACUCGAGCGAGAGUCUGGAAGGAGAUCUUCCUGGUCACUUGCUUCGCUACCCGGUUGGAGUAAGCAGUGAUGGAGACGUGACAGAGCUUCCCGGUUUUGAGUUCUUCCCCGACACCAAAGCUCGUGUUCUUGGCACUAAAUCUGAAUACCUUCCUCCAAUCCUUACUACUUAACGACAACCUUCUGCUUAUAUGUCUCUCUUCGAUCUUCUCCUCAAUAAAACCCAGUAUUAUCCUUAUCUGAACACAAUUUGGUCUUUCGAAUACACUGCACUUGUCUAAUGAAGGGGCUCGGCAUGACGGCAUCAUCUAUUUGUUUUUCUUUUGUGGUUUGAUAAGGGGCAUGAUUGAUUUGUGAGGUAGUUUUUAAACACCCCGGAAAAUCAUCACUACUCCAUACGAAGUGAAACCAGUGUGUUGUUGUUGCAUGUUAUGUAGUUCUGAGAAUGUGAUGAUUUUCUUGAAUGAUCGCAUAUAGAAAUUGGAUAACUUUUCACAUUUCACGUGAUUACGAGACUUCAGUCACUCCGGGUCAAAGAAUUAGAAUCGGUUCUCCAAAGUUUGUUAGUUUGAUCUAGAGUGGUUGAGUCUAAUCUUAUUUAAUCUGGACUAGAUUGGUUUUACAAUAUGUGAACUAGUAGCUCACCCGUGCGAUGCACGGCAAAAAGCUGAAAUACUUAUAAUUAAAUAAACAUUCUCAAAAAUCAUAUUCUUGCAUCAAUUAAAAGAACUAAAAU